CACGUAUUCUGAAAUUUAAAUUUGAAAUUCAAAUUUUCCAAAAUCUUUGUUUCUCAAAAAAAAUCCCGCCAAAAAGUCAGAGUUCACCGAGUUUCUUAACAUGAAGAUCUUCUUUCUAAAAUCUGAUGGAAACGGUCAGUUACAGCUCAUCGAGAGAGAUGAUAUGGAAGAUGAAGGAUGUUCGUUCGAAGCUAUUGAAAAAUUAAUCGCUCAAGGAAUCAACGCUGGAGAUAUUAAGAAGCUUCAAGAUGCAGGACUGUGCAAUUGGAACCAGUUCAUGAUGCGUGCUAAAAAGGAUUUCACUGGUGUUAAAGGAUUAUCUGAAGAUAAAGUUGAUAAAAUCUUUGAUUCCGUCUGUGAAGCAGCAGAAAAAUUGGCUAAGGAAGAGAUUGUUAAAAUCACUAGUGGAAGCUCUGUCCUAGAUGAACAUUUAGGUGUAAUAGCUCAAGGAAUCAAUGCUGGAGAUAUUAAGAAGCUUCAAGAUGCAGGAGUGCACACAGUCCCUGAAACAGCAGAAAACAUAGUUAAGAAAGAGAUUGUUAAACUCACUAGUGGAAGCUCAGCCCUGGAUGAACUUUUAGGCGGUAAUGCCAAACCAUCUUGUGUUACAGAAGCUGUUGGAGAGUUCAGAUCAGGCCAAACUCAGCUUGCUCAUACACACUGUGUUCCAAAACAGAUCUUUGUGAAAACCUUAGCUGGGAAGACGCUGUGUUUCCGUGUGAAGACUGAUGACACAGUUUCUGACCUCAAGAGAAAGAUAGAAGAGAAAGAAACUUUUCCUAUACAGCAGCAGAAGUUCAUAUUUGCUGGGAAAGAGUUAAGGGACAGCUUUAACAUUGACAAGUUCUAUAAUGAAGCAACAAUAUACCUAACUAGUGGACUAUGUGGUGGUAGUAGAAGAAGGGGGAAAGAUAUCAGCAAAGGGCAGCGGAACAUAUUCAAAGCAAAUGACAAACAAACCAAUGAAGAUACAAGUACUGCAAGAAUGCAGCGGCAAGGACCUAGACUUUGUUGCAUCCAGAUUUGUAUAUCGAAACCAAGGAGCGACUUCAAGAGGAGGCAGAGAAACGAGCCAAGGAGAAGAAAGAGAUUGAAGAACUAGUAGCACAGAUUUUAUCAGCACAAGUAGCAGCAGCAACACUGGUCCCAGUACCAACAGAGGAUGAGGAAGAGGAGAAAUGGGAAAGAUCUGAUUAUGUGAAGUUGUAAUAGGCUUUGGUCCUCUUUGUAAUUCAAGCACAAUAAAUAAUAAAAUCGUUUUCCCAAAUCCUAAUUUUCCAUUCUCUAAACAGAUAAAUUGUUUUCAUCAAUUUUGAUUGAAACUAGUUGAAUUAAAUUCAAAAUAUGGUAGGAUAUGUUCCUUUAGAAAUCAGCCAGGUUCAAAUGAAUUGAAUAACCAAUAAACUGAAAUCUGGAUAUAAAAUUAGGCAAGAAACCUGGAUAUAACUCAUUCAGAUGAUCAAGAAAUGCAGCCAGGAAACAAAACAUGAAUUGGUAAAGGACAUAUCUGCAUUCAUUAUCUUCAGACUCGGACUAAUUAUGAACUUGUUUAUGCUUGCAAUACCAUAUUGUUAGUGGCUA